AUGGACUACACGCCACCACCGCCAAAGAGGACCGUACAGCAGACAGACGCCAUCCUCUCGGCCCCAGGGUCCCCCUUCGAGUGGGAGGUGAAGCGAGUCGGAACUCGCACCGUCCGCGUGUACAAGAACCUCCCGCCCUCGAUUCGCGACUACUGGCUACAAGCAGCUUCCCCCUUUGCAGACAAAGAGUACAUCGUCUACGAACAGGAACGCCUGACAUACGCAGACGCUCACCGCCGGGUCUUGCACCUCGCGAGUCUCCUCCAUGCUCGGGGAGUCAGAAAGGGCGACCGCGUCGCCAUCGCCAUGCGCAACAUCCCCGAGUGGAUCAUCUCCUGGUGGGCCUGCCACAUGCUCGGCGGUAUCGCCGUCGCCCUAAACGCCUGGCUUCCUACCUCCGCCUUCUUCCACUGCAUCUCCGUCACGUCCCCCACCGCCAUCCUCGUCGACCACGAGCGGCAGGACUUGCUUGGAGAAGAGGGGGCGAAGAAAUUGAGAGACCAGGGGACUAAGGCGGUGUUUGUGGUUAGGACGAGGGAGGCCAAGAGGGGAUUUGAGAGGUUGGAUGAGGCGCUUGAGCGACAUGAGGUGAUGGAGUUGCCGAAGAUUGAGAUCAUGGAUGAGGACCCCGCUACCAUCUUCUUCACCUCCGGCACGACCAGUCUCCCCAAAGGCGUCCUCUCAACGCAGCGUCAAUACCUCUCCAACCGGUGGAACACGGCCGCAGGAGCUGCGCGCGCAUUCCUCCGAAAGGGAGAGAACAUCCCGGCGCCGGAUCCGAACGCGCCGCAGAGGUCGUUGUUGUUGACGGUGCCGCUGUUCCAUGUCAUGGGCAACCAGUCCUUCCUCGCGCUCCUCACGGCCGUCGGCGGCAAAAUCGUCCUGAUGCACAAAUUCGUCCCCCAACUGGCCGCCUCACUCGUCCUCUCCGAAUCGAUCCUAUCAAUCGGCGGAAUCCCCAACAUCGUCUCCCAGAUCCUCGACGAACUCGAUCGCCUCGACGCCUGGGAUCGUGUCAAGCUCGAGGGACUGAGUUACGGUGGCGGACCGCCGAGUUCGCGCUUGCCGCAGGAGAGUAAGAGGAGGUUGCCGAAUGCGAGUGCGGCGCAGGGGUAUGGACUUAGUGAAGUCAAUUCGGUCGCGACCGGGUUCUCGGGGGACGACUAUAUCAUGCGCCCAACCUCCUGCGGCCUCCCCCCACCCGUCGUCCAGCUACGCAUCAUCGACCCUUCCUCUCCUCAACCCGCCUCCGCCGCCCCCUCCCUCCCAACAGGCACGGUCGGCGAAGUAUGUAUCUUUGGACCGAAUGUGGCGCAGGGGUAUUGGAGGGACGAGGAGAGUACGAGGAAGGCGUUUGAUCAAGAGGGGUGGUUUAGGUCGGGCGACCUCGGCUACGUCGACGAAGAAGGAUUCCUCUACAUCGCCGACCGCGCGAAAGACAUCAUCAUCCGCUCGGGCGAGAACAUCUCCUCCGUCGUCGUUGAAGACGCGCUCUUCCAGCACGAUGCGGUCAAGGAGGUGGCGGUCGUUGCGGUCCCGUGUGAGAAGCACGGAGAGCAGGUUGCAGCCGUGGUCGUCCUCCACCCUCCCUCUCACCCCUCUCGCACCUCCACCGCCCUCCCACCCCCGACCGAGUCCUCCCUCCAAUCGCUCGUCGCCUCCCGACUACCGAAACACUGCAUCCCAGCGAUGAUCCUCUUCCCCUCGGAAUGGGACACCCAAGAAGGCUUGCCGAAGAACGCGACGGGAAAGGUGUUGAAGAAUGAGGUUAAAGGUGUCGCGAGGAGGGAGUGGGAGAGGAGGGGGCUUGGUGGGAAAGACGGAGGGGUCAAGGCGAAGCUCUGA